GUGGCCAAAUUUACAGCUUCUGUGACCAGGAUCACUUAAAAACAAAACAUGAUCACGCGAAGAACGCUUUUAUUAACAAAGUGCUUUGAUUUCGUCAUGAUGAUGGUGUGGUAGAGCAUCUGGGGCAUAGUCAUCUUCAACUCGUUUAAACUGUCUUACACAACCUUCUAAAUAAUGGAGGUGGAACUGGAGGACUGUGCCAGGGGGAAGAGCAUGUGUGCCGAUGAUGAUGCUGUCUGUGAGAAGAUGGCGCAUGUCGGGAAAAAGGUAGCAGCAACCGUGAACGGUCUCCCAGAAAAUGAUGCCACUAAUGUGGAUUCGGCAUCAGGUGAAUCUGGACCAGUUGAUGCGUGUCUGAAUGGCAUUGACGGCCCAGCGGCUGAUGAGGCAAAUGAAAGUGAAGCUGGUACUGCUCAAGAAAAUUUGAAUGCGGCAUCUUCUAGUUGUAGCAGUAAGCCUGGUAAAAGUCCCACAAAUAGUCCCAAGACUGCUGUGCUGGCUAAACAAGUUGAGAAAAAUGGAAAAAGUGACUCUGAGUUUUCGGAACAUGUGGCCAAGAACAGCGGACUGGCGAGUGUAGGGGAUGAUUCUUUGGUAACCGACAAACCUUCUCCAAUGGAUUGUGAUACAAACUGUGGCAGUGGAGGCGUCGCUGAAGAGGGUGACAACGUCAAGGGCGAUGAUACUGAUAGAAAAUGCCUCGAGACCCUGCUGACUAAAAAUGUGAAAUAUUCUCAAGGCCAUAUCGUAGAGAAUGAAGACGGCACUAACGAAAGCGUCAAGUCACAGAAGACCACUCAGAGAGCUAAGAAGUCUGCAGGGCCAUCCAAACCAUCAUCCCGUGGCUUUGUCAAAAAGUUCCCUGGGACAGACAUUAUGACCAUCAAUUUAGCCCCCAUUGCCAAUGUGAAAUUAAAACUGCCCAACGUCGAUGAUGCGGCGAGUGUGAAACGAACGGGUGCAACCGACAAGGUGGCCAAUAGCGAGCCGAUACUUCCUAAUUCGUCAAAAGAUGACACUGCCAGUAGUGAUCGUGAGGAUGAGAAAGCAGCUGAGACUGAGAGCGUUAAUUCUAGCUCAAAGGUUAAAAAAUGUGGUGCUAAACUUUAUACGAUCACGGGUAAACGACGAAAGGUGUCGCCGUUGAAACGCAAACGCCGACGGAAAACCGGGACCUACAAACUUCCUCAGAUCCAUAGUAAAAAGGAAUAUAAACGAAAGCUCGGGACGGCGCUCGGUAGAGAGGCGAAUAACAAUUCCAAGGUGAAGCGUGACGAUGGCGAUGAUGUUGUUAUUACCGUGAUGGAGAGUGAUACCGACACGUUGCUAGACGAAUCGCUGGAGGACGCUGCUUGUGAUGAUGUGGCGACGCCUCAACGCGUGUCACAGGUUGGCCGUCAGGAGCAGGAGCUGAAGAGGGUUCGCGUUGCCAGUCCAAUUCUACAAGAUCCUGACUGUGGUCCCUCGUUAGCCAAGAGAGCAAGAAUCGACCGGAUGAGGAUGACUCCUAGUCCUACACCAAUUCCACUGCCUCGUUCCAAAAACAAAAUGGUGUACACACUGCAGCGAGCCGGGGACGGUCAGGCGUCGCCAAAAAUUAUCAAUGUCGUCUCGCAAGCGAACACUCCUUGCAGCAUUGGCGAACCGGUGAAAUGUGUACCGUCAUCUUCUCUCUCCGUUGCGUCACUGCCGUCAGAAAAAUUUUCAGCCGCCGUGGUGGGCCAGAACAAUGUCGUUUAUAAUUCAAACAAUGCGGUGCUGCAGAAUGUUGUCCUUGUGCCCAUUUCGCCGUCGCCUAAACCACAACAGGUGUCGUUACUAGGCAAAGGACUGAUUACCGGCACCAACUCGACUACGGGGAUGGUGACGUUAUUACGGAGUCCAGGAAUGCCCAAUUUGAGUGCCCGUAAAACGUCACCGAUGAUUUUAAACGUGGGCAGUGAUAAGCCUUACGUUCUGACGCCAAUGCCACGCCCGCCCUCCCUGACGCCGCAGAAGAGCUACUCCUGCGCGCCGCAGAGGGCGUACAAAAUGAUCUCCACUUCAUCGCCGCUUCAUGUCACCUCACAGUCUCAGCUGAAGAGAGCCAUCAAUGCCGCCCGGCCUCCACCUCCGCUCAGGAAGAUGUGUAUGCCCACGGAGUCUAGUCCAACUCCGGUGCCCAGUGGCGUGGUCACUCCACCAAGGAGUCCUUGUACGGUGGUGGGGGCCGCUACUCCGUCAGAUAAAAAGCCAGAUGUUCCCCUGGAGAUGGACCUGAUUCCGCUGUGCGCGUGUAAAGUAAACGGUGCGUCGUUUGCCAAUCUGGGACAGGUGACUUACUGCCAAGCUUUAGAUUCGACAGACGGAAAGAUUCUUGGCUGUUGUAAUAAGGUGACAAAUGCUCAAUUGGUGCGACCUGCAGUGAAAAUUCCCUUUAUGGCCUGCUGUGAGGUGCAUCGCAAAAGACUAAGGAUGCACCAGUGUUGUCCAGGAUGUGGACACUUUUGUACUCAGGGCAAAUUUUAUCAAUGUAAAAAGGAAGGCGGAAAUAUAAUUCAUCACUUCCAUAAACAAUGUCAAGUGUUCAAGGACGGGAAGUUUUAUUGUCCCCACUGCGGGGAGGAUUCCGAGCAGUUCGAGGUGUCGCUGCAGUUGAACGAACCAAGAUCUGUGUCCUCCUUCUUCGCCAAGCCAGAGGAUGCUGCAAAAGCAGGAAAAGCAAAGGCUCGGAUGGCCAUGUUGAAACGUCACGCAAAUAAAGAAGAGAAGGAGAAGGAGAAAUCGGAAUACACCUUCAAAAUCGAAUCAACGGAGAAGGUGCUUUCUGCCGAUGGCCUGGCAUUUGGACCCACUCGGCUACAACUCGAGUCCAUGCUGACGUUAUUGGAGGCGGAUUUCCGACCGAAGAAACUUCGCUUCGUUCCGAAGAAUCUGUAUCCAUAUUCAAGGAUGGGAGAUUUAGAAAAGGUCCUCUAUAUGCUCGCCGAAGGUUUUGAUCCUAAUUGCAAGUAUGAAGAGCACGGGAAUCAGGUAGCCCUCCAUGCUGCUGCAGCGAGUGGUUACGUGGCAGUCGCUCACUGCCUUAUUCAGGCUGGCGGUGAUUCUAAUGCGCAGGAUAAUGAACUCAUCACCCCGCUCAUGAAGGCAGCUGAGAAAAACCAUAUGGAAGUUGUCGAUAUCCUCAUCAAAGCUGGUGCAGUUGUCGAUUCAAGGGCAGACGACGGUAUGACCUGCAUCCACAUCGCCGCGAGAGAAGGUCACAUGGACAUUGUCAAGUAUCUCCUUGAUACGGAGAAGAUCAGCAUCAACGUAUUGGACGACGGAGGCUGGACACCGUUGAUAUGGGCCGCCGAAUAUCGUCGCAUCAAUAUCGUCAAGUAUUUAUUGCACAAGGGGGCCGAUGUGAAUAUCAAAGAUAAUGAGGAGAAUAUUGCCUUGCAUUGGGCGGCAUUCUCUGGCAGUGCGGACAUUGCCGAGAUCUUCCUUCAUGCUGGUUGCGACUUGGAAAGUGCUAACGAACACGGUGACCGGCCAUUGCAUAUAGCGUCCCGACAGGAUCACUAUGAAUGUGUCGUUUUGUUUCUCGCAAGGGGUGCGGACGUGGAAGGAAAGAAUAACGAGAACGAUCCACCUAUAGCAUGCUGUACGGAUCAAAACAGCCCGACGUGGAUGGCCCUCAAGGUGAACCGUCAGCUUCGAAGCUUUGCCGAAAAAAGACUAGAGAGGCCGGAAAAACUAAUCCACCGUGAUCUGUCCUUUGGUAAAGAGAAGAACCCCAUUCCUUGUGUGAACGGCUGUGACGAUGAACAGAUUCCCAAAGACUAUCUCUACGUCAUGGAAAACAUUGAGACUAGUCCCAUGAACAUCAACAGGUGUAUCACGAGUUUGCAGAGCUGUGCGUGUGAAGACGAUUGCUCGUCCCACGUCUGUGUGUGCAGCCGCAACAGCGUGCGCUGCUGGUACGACAAGGAGGGUCACCUGAUCAAGGACUUCAACCAGAUGGAGCCGCCGUUAUUGUUCGAAUGCAACCACAACUGCCGUUGUUGGACCACGUGUAACAAUCGCGUCGUACAGAAUGGCAUCACGUGUCGAUUACAGCUGUUUCGAACGAGGGGCCGAGGUUGGGGUGUGCGGACCCUGCUGGACAUUCCUCAAGGCACAUUCCUUUGCGAAUACAUCGGAGAGAUCAUAUCCGACUCGGAGGCUGAUCGUAGGGAAGAUGAUUCGUACCUGUUUGACCUCGACAACAAGGAUGGUGAGACAUAUUGUAUAGAUGCCAGAAAGUAUGGCAAUGUGGCCCGCUUCAUUAACCAUCUGUGUGAGCCGAAUAUCGUCCCUGUCAAAGUAUUCAUCGACCACCAGGAUCUGCGUUUUCCGCGGAUCUGCUUCUUCUCGUCGCGUGAGAUCAAGGCAGGAGAGGAAUUGGGUUUCGACUACGGCGAGAAGUUCUGGAUCAUCAAAUGGAAACAGUUCACGUGCGCGUGUGGCUCGGCGAGAUGUAAAUAUUCGCGGGAGGUCAUCCAGAAAACGCUAGCGGAAUAUCAUGCGAGGAUGGAAGAAGAACUAGCACUAGAGCAACAGAUUCUGGCGCUGUCUUAAGAUUAACUUCGUUUAGGAAUUUGAACCUGUUAACCGCGUCAUUUUUUUUGUUAACCGCGUCAUAUUGCGUAAGUAAUUAGAUUACACGUCCACAUCCUCAUCUAACGGCCACUUUGUCUUGCAUGCUGUAGCCCUGAUUCAGCUCAAAAACUGGUGCCAGUGGUGUUCCAUAGUGUUCUGAAACUAAACGACACUGUGCUGACGAUCUAAGGGGAUUCCCCAUUGAGUUUUGGAGUGUUGCCCCGGCUCAGGUGAGUCAUGAACAUAGGACGCCAUAUAACGUCUUACGCAAUGCACGGCCUUUAGGCCAGGACGUCAUAUGGCGUCUUACGCAGUUGACAGGUUAAACUUAUUUUAGAACAGUGAGAACCUUGACCCUUUAAACCCAGUAGUCCCGAAUCUUGUGUUGGCUGAGAGGACAUAUGUCGCUUUAUAAACAAUAUUGGGCGAUUUGAUGUGUCUGUAGCUUGAUGUGGUGGACUAACUGGGGAUUGAACCCAUCACCUUAUUGAGUAUCCUGGCAUGCAUGUUGACACCUUUGCAGUGUAUCCAAUUUCUCUGUGCUCAAACACCUGUCUUUUACCUGUUAGUGUAUCACUGUGACCACAUCUGUGUUUCCCACAUCUGUGUUUCCAACAUCUGUGUUUCCAACAUCUGCAUUUCCAAACAUCUGCAUUUCCAACAUCUGCAUGUCCUACAUCUGCGUUUCCAACAUCUGUGUUUCCAACAUCUAUGUUCCCAACAUCUGUGUAAAAAGACAAUCCGCGCAGGCCAGUUACAGAACCGAAUUCAUCAAAAUGGCAAGCACAGAUCAUCAAAUCGGCGCUGCAAGUCAGUUCUGAUAGUGCCUGAGAACGGGAACUUGGUAUAGAGAAAAUCACCGGAAACUUUGGGUUCAACGGGUCAAGUUGCAUGUAAUGUUAUCGUCAUAAGUUUAUUUUAGAAUUGUAAAACAUUCCAAACGUUGUUUCUCAAAGAAACUUACCGAUUGGCAAGCCAGGAUAGGUCGGCACAGAUCGAUGUGCCCUAGUUCAUGAAAUGUUAAGUGUGCAUGUGAUUUCUACGAUGGAUGUAUUUGUGAUAACACAAUGACCAAGUUGCUUUCCUCCAUUUCGGCCAGUGUUUUGCUAUGGCUGCUGUAUAAGGUGAUCGUCUGCAAUGAAUUUAACAAUGCGAAGAUUGUUGCCUUGAUAUCGCCAAUUCGUUUUGCUGAAUUUCGACUCGAUCUUCAGUGCAGGGCCCAUUUAAACGUUGGUGAUUCCUGUCGCGGGUUAGUGGGAUUACCACCGCAAACAAGAGAUUUUUGUUGCAAGCGAUCAUGAUCGUGGGUUGCGGCAACGAAUAUUGCCAGUUUGCCGGGCGUUUAUUGCUUGUUACAAAUGUAUAGUUUCCAUGUUGGGGAAGUGGUUAGGCAUGAUUUGUACAUAGCUUCAUUUAUAUUUCGUUAAAAUUUGAAUAUACCGGUAUAAUGUACAUGAGGACUUGGUAAAUUUCUGUUUUUAUCGACACUAUUCAGACUGUUAUCAGUAACUUUAAUAGCAUUUUCGUGUCAAAUGAACAAGUUUUUAUUUGUUGGUCAGAGUCAGUUUUAUUUCCUGGAAUGAAAUAAGAGGAUUACAUGUAGGUUUGGUCAUGAAAUUACGGGAGUAUUUUUAAAGUGUACAUUUGUAAAUUUGAUUUUAAACCCUGUCAAGUUUCUUGGUGUUUGGCCGGUGUGUAUACUGGUAUUGAAAUAAUGAAUUACUGUGAGAUUUUUUGAUCAAGUCGGGUUUUUUUAAGUGAUUUCAAACAAAUAUGAUAGAUAAACAAUGUGUUUGUCAAUUUGCUGACUAUACAUGUACAUGUAUGUUGCUGAUUUCAAUGCAAUCUGAUCAUGGUUGUUAUGAAAAUUGAAAGUGCGUUUCAGGCCCGCCUGAGAUUCACGCAAUUCAAGUAUGGAUGUUCGAAUUAGAAGCAAUUUGCUAAUUUUGAGAAAAAGGGGACAUUUUAAUGAAAAUCAAUGAAGAAAAUACUACUUGGGCGACAUCAUUUGAAAUAGGUGUUGAUUUUCAUAUGAGCUAGACUGUACAUGUGAUGUCCGUCUUGAUGGAACAGUGGUACUCGUUUGCAUUUUAUAUAAAUCUGGAUUUGUCUGUCUGUACAUAGCUUUCUUUUUUAAUCGGUGUAUAUUUUAUUCCAGACUGGUUUUGUGGCCGGUAAUAGCCGUUGGAGUCUGGUGCCUUGUGAGGAAGCGGUCCAUUAUAACCUUUACACCCCCACUUUCUGAAGUGGACCGUUCUAAUGCAUUAACUUGAAGAGUCUAUGCUGGGAAAUGGGGUGUAACGGUUGUACUCUCUAGUGGGUGCCACCUUUUUUCUGCAGAUGGGGGGGGUGUGGGAGUAUGAUGCAGUAUUUCAUCUUCACGAGCAUUUUAAACCCUUUCCCUACCACACCCGGUAUUUACUGGGUACACUGCAUACCAUUGGCCAGCAGUAAUCUGUACAGCCAAAUUAUCCCCUAGUUUUAUCAUUCACCGCAGUCCCUAUAGGUCUUUGCUUGGUUACACCUGAAAAAUGAGAUGCCGGCACUGCACCGGAUUCCCUAAGAUUGGGUAAUGCUGGCUACUUUACAAUGAAAAAUCUUUAUAAGCCAAGUUGGGUUUGAGGGCAGCCGGUCCGAAUCGGUUUCCGGCCAGGGGUAGCAUUCACUGCCAAAACCCUAGACAGAAUAAUAAUAAUAAUAAUAAUAAAUACCAGAUAUUAUAGUGCCUUAAAGCAUGCUCCAAGGCACUUUACAAUGGAGUUAGAAGCAAAUAUUUGGAUUUAUAACGGAAGCGGAAGAGUUAGGCCUACGCCAUCGGGUAAAAAAAAUCAAAUUUUUUAAUGGAGUUUGGAAUUUUCAAACUGUAAAUAGAUGAAUUUUAACAAUGCCUUUGUGUGUGGACAGAUACCCCAGUGUUAUGAAUGCCAAGUUUCAGCAAAUUUGUAUGCAUAGUAGCUGCACUGUGGCAUUGUGUAUAACUGCAUUUCUAUUUUCCUGGACCACCAGUAAAUAGGAACGGUAUGGUAUCCCUUUGAAGAAACUUUGGGAUGGUCCCUAAGAUGAUUCGGCCGGAAUUUUUUAAUUUGCAUUGGGAGAUGAGAUGUCUUAGUUAAUUUGUCUCUGCAUCCUAAAGUGCAAAUAAUUUCUCCUGCUAUUUUGACUGCAUGUUAAAGAAAUAAGCUAAUGAGAUGUACAGUGGAACCCCUCUUAGCGGACACCUCUCUAUUAAGGACAACCUCUCUAUUAAGGACACCAGUUUUGGUCCCAAAUUGUUUGUUUCCAUUCAAUUUGACAUCUCUAAUCAGGACACCUCUCUAGUAAGGACACCACUUGUCGGUCCCGAGGGUGUCCUUAAUAGAGAGGUUUGAUUGUAUGAGAUUAUUUUGGGCAUUUUGUCGUUUGGUCAGUCUUGUGAAAUAAUUUUACAAACCCAUAAAAAAAUGUUUGAUCUGGUGAAAGAAUGGUAUCAUUGAUGGCCCUAGAAUUUAAAAAAAUGUGUGACCCCCUUUCUUGCCCUUCCUUGUUGCUCGUAAUCCAACAUGAAAAUGGUGCUGAAAGAUUCCCUGCUGUUUCUCAGAGAACUUUGGCCAUCUUCAGGUGAUUCAAAUACAAAGUAAGGGCCCUGGGUCAUGUCAGAUUCAGCACUGAAUAUAUUCCUCGUACAAGUGUGAAUCAUUUCGAUGUACUGUGAGAUGUGAGAGACCCCUGUUGGCGGCUUUGUGUUACUUUAUCUUGCCUGCCUAGCUGCGGCCUAUGUUGUCCCUUUAAGAAGUGGUGUCGUCAGUACCCCUCCGUCUUCAACCAAAUGUACUGGCCAAUCAAAAUUCAUUUACUUCAGCCAUAUGGUCGGUUCAUUUUAGUGUGGAUCAGUUGCAUUGAUGGACACUUGAAUUGAAUGUGGCCAGGUGUUUUUAUACAUUCACUGUGUACAAUGUAUAUAGAUAAUGUAGUGCACUUUUGCAUUUGA